AUCAUAGAUAGCUUCGAUCUUUUUCUUUUCUUUUAUGCUCAACAUUAACAAAGACUCUUAUCCAAAACCACCACCCAAGAAAACAACUCCGGUUACCUCCCAAAUCCACAUUAUCAAUUAUCAUCAAUCAAUCAAUCAAUCAAUCAAUCAAUCCGUUCACUGCCUGACCAAACUGAGACUGAGAACAAGCAAACACUAGGGAUGGCGGUGGUGUCGUCGUCAUCAUCAACCGUCACAUCAACAACAACCCAUGUCCUCCACCGUCUCCUCCGCCCACCACAACCACCGCCACUCUUUUUUUCUAUACUGAGACCUCUGUCAUGCAGCGUCACUACUAAUUUGACAACCAAAUCUGUUCUCUCGAAGCACCAAAAGAUCACCGCCACUACCCUCUUCUCUUUUCUCCAUUCUCCACCCAAUACUUCACCUGUUCGCCACUUUUCUCAUUCUCUCCCCACAUCUUUAAACGCCAUAAAUCCCUCUCUUUCUUUGGAACAAGAACAAGAAGAUACCCCCUCUCUGUAUUUAAAUAAUGAACUCGAAGAAGAAGAAGAAGAUGAUGAUGAUGAGGAAUAUGAUACUGAUAGUGGAACUGAAACUGAAAGCUUGGAAUUGGAUGAUAAUGCAGUUCUUGCUGAUGUUCCUAGGGAAGGGUUGAAGAGAAAUGGGUUCAAAGUGCCAAAUUUGACAGUUAAAGAAAAGAAAGAGUUAGCUUCUUAUGCAAAUAGUCUAGGCAAGAAGCUUAAGAGUCAGUUGGUGGGAAAGUCCGGUGUUACUGAUAAUGUUGCAACUUCUUUCAUUGAGACGCUUGAAGCAAAUGAGCUUCUAAAGAUCAAAAUACAUAGGACUUGUCCAGGGGAGCUAGAGGAUGUGGUUCAGCGAUUACAGGAAGCAACCGGGUCCGUAGUGGUUGGUCAAAUUGGUCGAACAGUAAUUAUAUAUCGGCCUAGUCUAUCUAAAAUGGAGGCGGAAGAGAAAAGGAGACAGGCGCGUAGAAUUUAUGUGAGAAAAGAACCAAAAUUGAAGCCUAUAUCACUGUUGCAGCGGAGAGCACAAGUGCCAAGAUUAUCUGGGCGGGGCCGACGUGGAAGCAGCCGGGGUUGAGUAAUAAUAUUUUCUGAAACUCUUGCAGAUACUGCAGCAUAUUGCGAGGCAUCCUUUACUUGAGAAAUUCUUGGCAAGACAAUAGAUUUCUGGAAGUUUUGGCUGGAGAUAGGAUCGUCAAAUAAACUGAAUUCAAGGAGCUUAGGAAGGGAAUUUGUAACCCAUUUUGAAAUUCCAUUGUUCACAGAAUACAAAUCCAAAUCGGGUUGAUAGGACAGUUAGGUAGUUCGAGUGUUGCACUUGGAUGCUACUGCUUGUAUGUUGUUUCUGAACUGCAAUGUUAAUUGCUAAAUUGAACA